AUGAAUACAAAACAGUCUAAGUAUCGCAAAAUUGUGGCUUCAUUCCUUUUGGCUGUUAUAUGCCUAUUGCCCUUUUUCGAAAAAAAAAACAAUGGAAAUAUAAAAAAAAUUGGCAUCAUACAAAUAAAUUCUCGGAUUUUAUCAUCAAUGAGUAAUGAAAAACCAUAUAAUAUUCUAAGAUCGUUUUUUUCAAAUGAUAUGGAAUUUAAUGACCUUGUAGAUAGAUGGGUUGAAUUUGAAAAAUCAGUUUAUCAUUAUUGGGGAUACAUGGAGGAUUGUAAAUAUAAUGAUUGGUAUACAACAUUAUAUGAGGCAUUGAAGAAAGUCCAAAAAGAGGUAAAUGAUCCGAUGAAAUAUAGUAAAUCCUUAUGUGAUUGGCAUGAUUUAGUUAAGAAAAUCUCACAAAAAAAACACGAAAUAAAAAGAAAAGAUGAUCAAUUAUUAAAAAAGAUAAUGAACAAAUUAAAGAAAAAGGUACUCAAUAAACAAGUUAUAAAUUGGGAAAAUGAUGUAGAAGGAAUAUGGGAAAAGGUACUUAAAGGCAAAUUAAAUAACAAUACUAAACUUACUAAAGUGGUUCGCGACGAAUGCCAAAAUUGGGUUACGACUCAAUUAAUGGCUUAA